GGUUCCUCUCCCCCUCCCCCAGCCCUGGCUCCGGGGGACCCCGCGAUGCCGGUCCGCACCGAGUGUCCACCUCCGGCCGGUGCCUCGGUCGCCUCCGCGGCCUCGCUCAUCCCGCCGCCGCCCAUCAACACCCAGCAGCCCGGCGUGGCCACCAGCCUGCUCUACAGCGGCUCCAAGUUCCGCGGCCACCAGAAGAGCAAGGGGAACUCGUACGACGUAGAGGUGGUGCUGCAGCAUGUGGACAUGGGCAACUCUUACCUUUGCGGGUACCUGAAGAUUAAAGGCCUUACUGAGGAGUAUCCAACCCUUACGACCUUCUUUGAAGGAGAAAUAAUCAGCAAAAAACACCCUUUCUUAACCCGAAAGUGGGAUGCGGAUGAAGAUGUUGAUCGGAAACACUGGGGCAAGUUUCUGGCUUUUUAUCAGUAUGCAAAAUCAUUUAAUUCAGACGACUUUGAUUAUGAGGAGCUGAAGAACGGGGACUACGUCUUCAUGAGGUGGAAGGAGCAGUUCCUGGUCCCAGACCACACGAUCAAAGACAUCAGCGGUGCUUCUUUUGCCGGGUUCUACUACAUCUGCUUCCAGAAGUCGGCAGCCUCCAUAGAGGGCUACUAUUACCAUAGGAGCUCAGAAUGGUAUCAGUCGCUCACUCUGACCCAUGUCCCUGAACACAGCGCACCCAUCUAUGAAUUCCGGUGACAGCGGCUCUGAGCAGCAACCAAAUAAAACUGAACUUGGCGAAAAAGAACUUUGCCAAGAAAAUUGUAUACCUGCCAGAACCAGGAGAACCUGCGUUCCUGUUUCUUCACAAGCAGACUUGCAUCAGAAAGCAUGAAAGCCGACCCGCAGAGCCCUGGCCGAGUGGCAGGCGGGCGGAGGGGCUGUCUCCAUUCUUCCUCCCUUCUGUGGCCAUUCGCUCUGACCCUGAUUUUACGCUACCUUAUAUGCACUUUUCCUUCCUGCACAGCUAACUUCUGCAUCACUGAAAUGCCCACUCCUUCCUCCAUCCUGCCUCCAGCCGAGUAGAAGGUCAGCCCCGGGUCACCCUCAGCCUUGGUGCUCAGUGGUCCCCAGCCAGGCCCCCCACCCCCAGUUGCUUAGUCCGGUAGCUCAAGAAAAAGCAGAGGCCCAGCACCCAUGUGCCCCCCAGAGCUCUGUGCGGGGAGCUGGCGAGCUGCAGCAACAUCCGCCAAAGAAACACAAGGCGGAGGCUGAGUGUUCAGUGGAGUCGCUGGGCGCUGCCCAGCCCUGUGAUGUUCACUGCGAGCUGGUCAGUGGCGGGCAGGACCCGUGGGCCUGCCCCGGGGCCACUCAGUGCAAGGCUUCCAGACCCCUGGCAGGAGCAGAUUCCAGUCGUGCUCACUCAGCAAGUUGGCUCCAAACUUUUGAACUUGAGGGCAAUACUAAACUUUUUUAAAAAGUUUUUUUAAUUGCAAAAUUAUUUUUAUGAUCCCUUUAACAAGGACCCUAUGGCAAAUGCACAAUUAUUCAGAAUUACAUUUUAUCGUUUUCACAUUGAAAACAGCAAAUGUUGACUUAGUAAUUUUUAUACCUAUAUCUAUAUGUAAAUGUAUAUUUAAUCAACCAGCAGUUUGAAACUAGUCACCCUGGUACUAAAGUUUUGCAGUACUGCAUAAGUCACAGUGCUGAACAGGAGAGCUGCGUUGGGGGCCAGCUCAGCACUUGCGGCUCCUCCUCUGCUACUCGGCCGGAGGGCAGUGCUUCGUGGCGAUCUCGUUCAUCCUGCAGAGGGGGCCGUCACUCUCCCAAAAGAGCGAUGGAAAUGUUGGGACAGGGAGGGGCGGGGACAUGAACAUGCUCAAGUAACUCGAGGCUCACGUGCCAAAGUAAGUGUGUGCGUGCGUGUGUGUUUUUGUUUUGUUUUUGUUUAAUGUUUGAAAAGCUUAGUAGGUUGGUAUCGGGCAUGGCCAGCAGACAUGAGCAGGGCUUUGGGGGACUGGCAUUUUCUGGCGGUCUAGGAGGCUUGCUUGGAGUACAAGAGGGAAGGCUUUCACAACAAGACAGCAUUGCAGCAGGAGUAGAGCAAGCCGAGAGGUGCCUCUCAUGGGCCAUGUGAGAGGACGCAAAGCCCUCGGUCCGGCCGAGUGCUGGGGAGUGUUUCAUUCUUAAAGAGUGACUUUCCUUUUAACGGCAUAUGCACUGUUGUUACAGAGACUGACUGUGAGCGGACACCGCACAGGAGAACGGGGUGGGAGAGGAGGGAGUCGGCGUCAGGACAGCCAUGCCGACCUCCCAGGCCUCGUGCAGAGGGGUAACCGGCCGCUAGGCGGGCCGGGGCCAUGGAGCCUAGAGUGCUGCCUCGGUGCCUGCGUGGCAAGUGGUUUGCAGCUAUUCUCAGACAGGAGUCAGGAGUGUUUUCUUGAGUUUAAAACUCCAAAAGGCAACACAUGGGUGGAUGUGUUCGAAUCGGGCUGAAUGCACGGGGAGGAGGCGCUGGCGGUGCUGUGGCUUCAGCCCAGCUGGCCAGCAUCGCCUGCGGGCUGUGCUGCUGGCCACGCUCCUCCACGGUCCUCCGCGGCCAGCUCGCAAGGGGCAUCUGCGCUUUGCAAGCUCCUUGAAGGACGUGGGCCUCCCUAGGACACUGGGAGGUGGGGUCGCCUCUGUAGCAAACCAGGGCCUCUGUGGCCGCGGGAGGUCGGCGGGUUGGUGGGGCCGGCGGAGCUGCCAGGGAAGGACAUUAGCAAACACGGAUGGUGUCAGGCUAGCCAGAGGGGUUCUUCUAUGUAGGAUUUCCUUCUUCCUUUUGUAGCCAUGUAAUGAAGUGCACCGGUUGUAUUGGGGGAAAUGAAGAAGUGAUACCUUUACUAGAUCUUUUGGGCGCAUCUGUGAUGAAGUUUGUCCACGUAAAACCUGCCUGUUGAGGACAAGGAAGGGGUUGUUUUCCACCUCCUCUCGGUCACUCCCACGCUGUCCGCAUCGACUUCCGCGCUCUUGCUCAGUUCCUGAAGGCACUUGGGGAUCCUCUCCAUCUGCAGUUACUCUUUCUGGAACCUUCUCAGUGGUUUACAUGCCUCUGGUAUUAUGUGCAAUAUUUUGGUUGACACUUGGAUUCAUCAUUCAGAAAUUAGUGCAGAUUGCAAAUUUUCUGCCGUCUUCCUCUCCCCAAACAAGCCUGCCGAGAGGUGAGGUCUUAGGAAUUUGGCAGUUUUUAUUUCACUGCUCAGAAUGCUUCCUUUCUGUGGUCCCAGCCUGGUCGUCGCUUUGUGCUGGAAUUACCCCUUCCCACUCACCCCUCCUUUUCAGCUGCGGCCCCAAGGUACCCGAGCAAUGCCCGAUGUGAAGUAGGGAGUCCCCCCGUGGGCUGGCUCUGUUGGUGAUGUGGACAUUACAAACUCCAGGGGAGUAAGGGGCUUUUCAACGUCAUUUACUUUCUGAAACAGGGAAUUUCUAUUCUCUCUAAGGCCUUGAAUUGAUUUUUUCCUCAUAAAAUAGUCUGAUAAGCUAAUUUUUAAAAAGAAAUGCCAUUAAGUAUGUUGCAUUGUCGUUUAAAGUUACUAACGAGUUCUGGGGAAGAAAAAUAUUUGAUUUUGAGUCUUAUAUGUUUUUAAAAAUUAGACGUGCGUGGGCGCGAAGCACGACUGUUGUUCCUUUAGGGAGGCCGUGCGGAGGGGUGUGCGGGUUGGGGCGGG